AUGCAGUUUGUCACGAGUGCCUCAUUUUUAGCCACUGUCUAUUCUGACUACCCUGCUUCUUGUGGUAGAAACUUGAGAUGUAAUUCAGGAAAUGUUGCUCCUGCUGAGCUUCUCUCCUUUGCAAAGUCUCAGGUCGAUUUUGAGGAGAGAAGCCUGGGUCAGAUCCCAAAGUCGGAGUUUCUUUGUUCAAUAAAUGUUAAUUUCCCUUUUAAACCCCUCUCUUCUCUCAUUCUUCCCUCACUUCUCUUCCCAACACCUGCGCCGUUUCUCAGUUCUGGAAGCAGUGAUACCAUGGCCAAACCUAGAGCAUCCACCACAUCCCAUACUGAAAACAACACUGUAUUCCAAUGCAAGAAGGCUAAGCGUUCUUCCCCUAAUCCCGGCGUCGUCGGAAAACCAAUUCCGGCCACUGAAGCCCUUGCCAAGUGGCCCCACCGUUAUCCUUCCGAGGUCUUAUUCUCAACCACUUCCGAUCAAAAUUGGGAAAAAGAAGGCUUCAUUUGGAAGCAGCUCAAAAGAGUUAGGCUGGCUGCUGGGGAAGACAGUGAGGUUAUUUUGGCGCGGUGUCAUUAUCAACAAGCUAAAAUAGAUGGGGUUGUGUUUAACCUCUAUGACGAUGCUUAUGUCAAGGCUGAAGAUGGUAAACCUGAUUAUAUUGCAAGCAUUGUUGAGAUGUUUGAAAGUGUUGAUAAUGAACAGUAUUUUAUGGCUCGGUGGUUUUAUAGGGCUGAGGACACAGUUAUAAAAAACCACGGUGAUCUUGUGGACAAGAAACUGGUGUUUUUAUCUGAUGUAAAAGAUGAUAAUCGGCUUGACUGUAUUGUGGUUGGAAAAUUAAUCAGUAUAUUUGAUACUCUACUCAAGAUUAGCUCCUUUGAGCUGAUAUCAACAAACUGUUUGACUACAAAGAAAAGGAAAAUUCCCUCCUGCGAUUACUAUUAUGAUAUGCAGUACACUUUGCCGUACCUAACCUUUUCCAAUUUUGUCAAUGAAACAGCUAAAGGUGAGAGCGAUGCAUUAUCCACAAUUUCUAGUGAAUCUGGAUCUAGUGGCUGCCUUAAUGCCAUGUCCACGGGGCUUUGUUUGGGUGCAUCCUUGGCUGGAGUAAAACUUAUCACGAGGUGGGCUGUAGACAUUAAUGCCCAUGCAUGUAAAAGUUUGAAGUUGAACCAUCCUGAAACUCAGGUUAUAAAUGAACCUGCUGAAAACUUUUUGGAGCUAAUAAAAGCCUGUGCCAAGCUUUGUGAAGAAUUUGGGCUAUUAGGAUCAGAACGGUCAGAUUCUGGCGCAGACAUGGAGGAGGAUGAAAUUGAUGAUGAAGCCGCUGAUGUAAUAAAACACGAGUCAGAAGAAAAUCAUUCUGACUCUGAGGAUUUUGAAGUUGAAAAGUUGCUUGCUGUUUGCCAUGGUGAUACAAACAACGUCAAGAAACCAGGACUAUAUUUUAAAGUUCGUUGGAUGGGUUAUGAUUCCAGUGAUUCCAGUUACGACACAUGGGAGCCAAUAGAUGGAUUGAACGAUUGCAAGGAAGUUUUGAAAGAUUUUGUGACAAAAGGGUACAAGAAGAAGUUAUUACCUCUUCCUGGUGAUGCUAAUUUUAUUUGCGGAGGACCCCCAUGUCAAGGAGUAAGCGGUCUUAACCGCUUUAGAAACGCAGCAGCUCCAUUAGAGGAUAUAAAAAACAAGCAGUUGAUUGUUUACAUGGAUAUUAUUGAUUUUUUGAAACCAAAAUAUGUCCUCAUGGAGAAUGUGGUUGACAUUUUGAAGUUUUCUGGUGCUUAUUUGGGACGUUAUGCCAUAGGCCGGCUAGUGGCUAUGAAUUAUCAAGCAAGAUUGGGCAUGAUGGCAGCAGGGUCUUAUGGCCUUCCACAAUUUCGUAUGCGUGUCUUCCUUUGGGGUGCUCUUCCUACAGAGAAAUUGCCUCGGUAUCCGUUACCAACGCAUGAGGUGGUGUCACGAGGUUUCGUACCCACCGAGUUUGAAGAAAUUACAGUAGCUUAUGAUACAAAGGAAACGUGUCAGCUAGGUGACGCUCUUUUACUUGAGGAUGCAAUAUCAGAUCUCCCACCUGUUACAAAUAAUGAGAAACAGGAUGAAAGAAACUAUGGAACUGCUGCUCGUACUGAUGCUCAAAGCACAGCACGUAGAAUAUUGUAUGAUCAUUGUCCUCUGCAAUUGAACCAAGAUGAUUAUGACAGAGUUUGUAGGAUUCCCCAGAAAAAGGGUGCAAACUUCAGAGAUCUACCUGGAGCACUGGUGAAGGACAACAAAGUUGAAUGGGAUCCAUCGGUUGAAAGAGUGAAGCUAGACUCUGGGAAGCCUUUGGUUCCUGAUUAUGCAAUGUCAUUUGUCCGCGGGACCUCUUCUAAGUAA